CCGCCCACAGAGUGCCCCAAGGCAAGCCCUGCCCUCUAGGGUAUGGAGAGGAAAAGCUCAGGGCGCUGGGGGGCCCCCAAGAAGCUGGGGCUGUCCUUCUCCAUCGAGGAGAUCUUAAAGAGGCCCACCGAGAGGAGCCAUGAGGUCAGGCAAGAAGAGGCAGGUGGGCAGGACACCGGGCCAGCAGCAGCUAUAAGCUCUGGACCAGAGAGGCCCCCACAGGCCCAGCCCCAAGAGGAAAGAAAGAGCAAGCGGAGGGUCCGAACCACCUUCACUAGCGAGCAGCUGCAUGAGCUAGAGAAGAUCUUCCACUUCACCCACUACCCAGACGUCCACAUCCGCAACAAGCUGGCAGCCAGGAUCAACCUCCCAGAAGCUCGGGUGCAGAUCUGGUUCCAGAACCAGCGCGCCAAGUGGCGGAAGCAGAAGACCGGCAGCCCAGGGGCUCCGCAGCAGCUGAGUGAGGCCCGCUUGGCCCUGGCCAUGAACCCGGAUGUGGCCGGCUCCAGGCUGCAACCCUUUGCUCCGCCCCGGCUGGCUCUCCCCACCGGGUGCUAUCCACCAGCUCCCAGCCAGCUGGCCUCUGCCUGGUGCCCUGGCCGGGUCACCCUCCUGCCAUGCCACCUGUGGGAGACACAACCUCUCGUAGGCCCUCUCAUCCAGCCAACCUGCAUCCCUGCUCUGUGCUUCCUCCCACCUGCAAACCCCAAAUGGGGCAGCCCCUGUGCCACCUCAACAUAG